AUGGCUCCUACCGUCUCGGCCUUGAUAGGUGCUCUGCUAGGGCUGGUACUGCACCAUGCCGUCUUUAUCCACGGCGAGUGGCAUGUUCGGGCACCAGAAAUUCUGAUUUACCAUCUCAUCUACUUUGUGGGUUUGUUUAUGGCCGUGACUCACGCAUAUUGGGUGAUAUCUGGAUAUCUCGUUGCAGUCUACUCUAGUAUCAUCAUCUACCGUGUCUAUUUCCACCGUCUCAGCCAUUUUCCUGGACCCAAGUGGGCUCGCGUCACCAAGAUAUGGCACGCCUGGCAAUCGCGGCAUCGCCAGAAUUUUCUAGUUCUGUCGGAACUGCAUCGGAAAUACGGAGACUUUGUCAGAACUGGUCCCAGCGAGAUCACCAUCUACCACCCGGGUGUCUUCAUUGCCAUUGAUGGACCUCAAGGCAGCUGCGUCAAGUCCGAGUGGUAUGACUUGCUACACCCUAAGCAAUCCUUAGUGACAGCUCGGAACAAGGAGGCCCAUGGUCUGCGACGUCGACAGUGGAACAAAGGAUUUACAUCUCAGGCACUCGAUCAAUACCAGGAACGAAUUCUCCCGCUUAUCGAUCAGCUAGAGCACUGCAUUGAUCAAGAUAUCGCUGCUAAGAAGGUGACUGAAGCUACAGAUUUGUUUUACUGGCUUGGGUUUGAUCGUAUGGGAGACUUCAUUUUCAGCCGGACUUUCAACAUGUUGCCCCGUCAAGAGUGGCACCACAUUAUCCUGCUUAUGCAACGGGCACUCUCUCUCCUUGGACCAUUGAGCCCAGUUCCUUGGUUUAUCCACAUUGCCUUUAAGCUUUUCCCUCGGGUGGGGAUUCUUAAGGAUUGGUUCCAGAUGGUGGCCUGGUGUGAGCAGCAGAUGCUCGAACGAUUGCAAGCUCCGAAAGAUACAUCCACAGUCCGCGAUGUCGCCCAUUACCUCCUUCAAGACGCGCGGGAUGACCCCCGACGCUUCCCAUGGCUUACUGGCGACAGCAUCCUCGCCAUUGUAGCCGGUAGUGAGCCCACCGCAGCCGUUCUCGUGGGUCUGUUUUGCGAGUUAGCAAAGGAGCCGCUACAUGAAGAAAUGAUUCUGAAGGAGAUCAAAGCCAUCAACAUUACGGAUUCUCGGGAACUGGCAGCAAGCUGUCCUCACCUUGAGGCAUCCAUUUUGGAGGCCCUGCGGCUGUAUCCUGCCCUGCCUACCGGAGGAACCAGAAAGACUCUUGAUAAAGGAAUCAUAGUUGCAGGAACGUUCAUCCCACCAGAGACAACUGUGGUUGCGCCGAGAUUUUGUAUCUCCCGUCGAGAAGACAGCUUCGAACAGGCAGAGAAAUUCGUUCCAGAGCGCUGGUACAAGAAGCCCGAAAUGGUGCGCAACAAAAUUGGCUUUGUACCAUUUGGACUAGGUCACCAUAGCUGUCUCGGCCGCGCACUCGCAAUGAAUGAUAUGCGCCUGAUUACUGCACGACUCGUCCAGCGGUACCGUUUUAGACUCCCACCGGGUGAGACUGGAGAAGAGGUGCUGCGGGACUUGAAGGAUCAAUUUACCUCGAACCCCGGUCGCCUGCGCCUGGUUUUCGAGUUGCGUGAAAACUAA